CUACAAGUGUAAUAGUAAAUACUUAAUGGAGAACAAAUCUGGUGUGACAACAAAAAUUUGGCUAGAUCCUUGGAUUCCUGGGCAGGCUGAUUUCAAACCAAUUGUUCGGUCUGAUGUUCUUCUUUUACAGAAUGAGGCUACAGUGGAUUCUUUGUUAUUGACUAAUCCUCUUAGAUGGAAUAUUCCCCUUCUGGGAAGUUGGUUUGAACCUGGUACAGUUAGAAAUAUAUUGAAAAUCCAUUUACCAGCUUCCCCAAGUGAUGAUAGAUGGGUGUGGACUCUUAGUCAUUCUGGGAGUUAUUCAGUAAAGAUAGCUUAUCACUCUCUCAAUUCGGCUGCUAUAAUUGCGCCAUCUUUGUCUCCUUUGUCUUCAGCUAAUUGGAAUAAGAUUUGGCAGCUGAAGGUUCAUGCCCGAUUUCAACUCUUGUUAUGGAAGUCUUUGUGGAAUAUGUUGCCUACGCGAGGGAUGGGAUUGUUGGUUGGGCUUCUAUGGUCUUGAAUCCUCGGUUAAUU